AUGUCGGGGAAUGUUCGCGGCCUACUGUCAUUCGCCAAAGAUCAUCCAGACGCAUUCAAGCUCUCUAUCGAGGUGCUGCGCAUGCAAGAUGACAUCAAGCGCGAGAAUGCGAGAUCCAGUCCAACUCUGAACCUCUCUAUGACCGGCCUGAGCGCGCGUCAAGUCUCCGCCGCGGAUGGAUGGGGCAGCCGUCAAGUCUCUGCUGCUGAUGCAUUGGGCAGUCGUCAAGUCAGUCAAGCCUCCGGCGUGGAUGCAUGUGGCGGCCGCCAAGUCUCCGAUGCAUGGCUCUCCAGUUACUCCUCCGCUGCUGACGCAUUGGACGGAAGCACCUCUUCAGUCCGAUCUGGCGAAGAAGCUCA